UUGAGGGGGUGUUCUCCAAAACUCCUCACCUCCACUCGUUUCGUUUGGGGCCGGGUUGCUCCCUUCAGUGGAUCCUAAUUCUCACACUGCAGGGAGCAGGCUGUGACCCUGCUAUCCCCACCUUCUCCACGCAGACCUCUACGACUCUCAUCCAAAGCAAGGACAUCUCCUUACUCUCUCUGUCCUCACACAGAAGUGCUCCUACAGUCAAUAGGUGCCUUCUCUGCAACGUCUCUGCUCUUCCCUCAUCCUUCUCCAGGUAGAGGAAGCGGGAGGGUGUCCAAAUGGGAUGCUCCAAGGGUUCCUGCCCUGGCAUAACACUGGUUGUUCUGGCUUUGCUGGACCAGUUCUCCCAGUAUGAUCCUCUGUUAGGACCAGUCCCCAUGCAAACUACCAUUUAUUCCUACCCAUCGCUCCUGCACUGUACUAGUUAUCAACAUGAAAGGACCUUCUUCCUUAUCUUACUCAGUUGCACCAAGAGCCCUCGAUGAGGGAUGCAGCUACCUUUAUUUUUUGCAAAAUACCGCUUGCAAAGGGGCUAAUGGAGGCUGGUGGCCACUGCCACCAACUUGGAGGAGAAGUACCAGCUCUCCCUGCUGCAUCUAAUCCUCGCCUGUAAUUCCUCGGAAACACGGAAGAGCAAAAACCUUCCAAGAGUUACAGAAGAAUAAGGAAGUCAGCACACCAGCCCCAUGGCUUGAGGACCCCAUGGAAUGGUCCCUGGAUGUGCUGGUGCAGGAACUGCUCUACAUACCUACUGCAAAGGGCAUUCUCCUCUUGAAGACCCAAAAUUGAAAAUGGGGGCUGGACAUUCCUCCUUCCCAGAGGUGAUCCUGUUGUUCUCUCCCCAGCCAGCGUUGGUCCCUCACAGUGCUGCUUCUCUGAUGCAUUGAAGCUGCAGCACUUCUGGACAUGGAAGAAAACAAGAUAACCCUGGACAGCCUUGAGAAAGGCACAGAUAACCCAGGUUUCAGCUCCAUGGGGGAGGAGAGACUCUAUGACGAAUGUGAUGGUCCAUGUGGUGAGAGCAAAGAGGAGAGGAGAAGAGAAGGGAAAGGGAGAUUCUCCUCCUACUGCAGGAAGGCCCUGCAGCCAGCAUCCAAGGCAAAGCGCUUCUGCAAGGCUCAUGCUAAGGUGUUGAGAAUGGUUGUCCUGGGGCUUCUUGGAGUAGCCUACCUGUGCUACUUUAUUGCGGCCUGUUGGCUCAACUUCCAGCGAGCCCUUGCCUUGGUUGUCAUGACUGCUGUGGUUGUCUUCUUCAUCUGCUGGAGCCUCUUCAAGAAGCACUGUGGGGCAAAAGUAAUGCUGCUCCUCAGCCCCGUUUGGAAAUGCUUCCAAAAGUCCUGGCCGUGGCUGAAAUGGCUGCUGUGGGUGGCCCUCCUGGGAGGCCUGAUCACAUGGCUGGCUUUGGACACCUCCAGAAAUCCAGAGCAGCUCAUCUCAUUAGCUGGCUUCUGCUUUUUGGUGCUGUUCCUGUUUGCCUGCUCCAAGCACCAUGGCGCAGUGUCCUGGAGAGCCGUUUUCUGGGGCCUUGGCAUAGAGUUCUUAUUUGGACUCCUCAUCCUCCGAACAACCCCUGGCAUCCAAGCUUUCCAGUGGCUGGGUGACCAGAUCCAGUUCUUUCUGGGCUACACCACAGCUGGCUCCAGCUUUGUCUUUGGGAAUACGCUCACUGAAGAAGUCUUUGCCUUUCAGGCUCUGCCCAUCGUUGUUUUCUUCAGUUGUGUGAUGUCCAUCCUCUACUACCUCGGCAUCAUGCAGUGGCUCAUUGUCAAGAUCUCCUGGCUGCUUCAGGUCUCGAUGGGCACCACUCCCACUGAGACUCUGAGUGUGGCAGGGAACAUUUUCGUGGGACAGACUGAAGCCCCGCUGCUCAUCCGCCCGUACCUCGCCGACAUGACCCUUUCAGAAAUCCACACUGUGAUGACUGGUGGCUUUUCCACCAUUGCAGGCAGCGUGAUGGGUGCCUACAUAUCCUUUGGGAUAGAUGCGGCAUCACUGAUUGCAGCCUCCGUGAUGGCUGCGCCCUGCGCCCUUGCCAUGUCCAAACUCGUCUACCCCGAAGUGGAAGAGUCCAAGUUCAAGGGCAAAGCAAGCAUCCACCUCUCCCAUGGGCAAGAGCAGAACAUCCUGGAAGCUGCGAGCAACGGGGCUGCUGCCUCUGUGGGGCUCGUGGCCAACAUUGCGGCCAACCUCAUUGCCUUCUUGGCGGUGCUGGAGUUCAUCAACUCUGCCCUGCGCUGGUUUGGGGAGAUGGUAGACAUCGAGGGGCUCUCCUUCCAGGUGAUCUGCUCCUACGUCUUCAUGCCCGUGGCCUUUCUCAUGGGGGCUGACUGGGCAGACUCACCGCUGGUGGCUGAGCUCUUGGGGAUCAAGAUCUUCCUGAACGAGUUUGUGGCAUACCAGCACCUGGCCACGUACAAGAAGAACCGUCUGUCAGGCCUGGAGGAGUGGGACGGGAGCCGAAAGCAGUGGAUAUCUGAGCGAGCCGAGCGCAUUGCCACCUUUGCACUCUGCGGAUUUGCCAACCUUGGCUCCAUUGGGAUCAUGCUGGGAGGCCUGGCCUCCAUGGUGCCCCAGCGCAAGGGCGACUUAGCCUCUGUUGUGCUGCGAGCCCUGCUCACCGGCUGCUGCGUCUCCAUGCUCAAUGCCUGCCUGGCAGGUCUCCUUCAUGUGCCAACGGAGGUGGGCGACUGCGUGACCUUCCUCAGCACCGCCAACUUCAGCUCCACCAGCUACACCAUGUACACAUGCUGCAAGCAGCUCUUUGCCAGCUCAGUGCUCAAGAAUGGGACGGUCUCCUUCACAGGAGCCUGGGCCGGCCUAGCAGAGAGUGUGCUAUGCCUGACACAGUGCUGCGGGCACUACAACCACACGUCCUGCCUGGGGACAACCUAGGAACAUGCAGGCAGCUGCCCGCUCUGGGGCUGAGGGCCUGGGAGCACCAGGGUCUGCAAGGCCUGGCCCCAAAGGUAGAAGAAACCCCGGCAGAGACCUGUGUGUUUUGUCUUCUCCGCUCCAAUGAUAAUGGACAGCUGCGUGCACCUUGCAGCCAGCACCCUUAGGUGCUGGCCUCGUGGACACAAGGGAACUGCUCCCAAAUAAAUCGUGGAAAUCCCCA